GCGCCGAUGAGGAAUGACGUAGCCGGGGGCCUGAAAAGUGUGGCUAUGGCUAUGGCUAGGGGGUGGCGUGACCGGGCUCAAAGCCACACUUGACACCCAAGCCAGACACCUUUCCUGGGAUAUCGACGUCGAGUCCGAGCCAACCCCGCCUACUAUAUAGAUAUAGAGCUGAUAUAUCUAGCGGAUGCGUGCUGUUAAACCCUUUAUCUUAGACGUCUUAUUUAUUAUUCAUGUUGGAUUUUACCGAGGCGUGAGCACUUUGUAUAUUGAUCGCUUCUAACGACGGAUGGCCUGAGGACGCAGGAAACCUGGCGACAAUGGCGUCCCCGAGACCAUCGACUGACUCGCUCUCCUCCGUAUCCACGACGAGUCUAGUGUUCGAGCGGCUGGACGAGUGGGAGAAGCGCAACGACGAGCUCGCCGACCUCGAUGAGGAGGACCCGUUGCACCAUGGCUCCGACGAUGGACGCGGCGAAUUUCUAGCCUCUACCACCGGUAACAGGUUGGUUGGGAUGGAUAGGACCUUUAAGCGAGUUCUCCUCAUCGCCGCCGGCCUGUUCGUCGCCGCUUGGGUUGUCGGCCUGCUCAGCUAUCUGUCGACCAAGUCCUACCAGCAUGCCUCCGAGCAGGAACACAACCCGGCCGCCACGGCCUCCCGCGGAUCCAGGAAGAAGGUGACGUUGGACCAGGUCCUCGACGGGUACUGGCGACCCCAGAGCCACGAGAUAAGCUGGAUCAAAGGGGCGAAUGGGGAAGACGGCCUGCUGCUGGAAAGAGGCGCCCUUGGUAAGGACUAUCUCGUCGUCGAGGACGUGCGAAGCAGGAACGCCCAGCAUACCGCGGCCGGUGGUAAGGUCGCAUCCUCUCAGACGCUGAUCAAAGAGCCGUGGUUCAACGGCGGGGACAGCCAGCUGCACCCGGACCGAGUGUGGCCGAGCCCGGACUUGAAGAAGGUCCUCAUCGCUACCGACACCAAGGAUGUCUGGAGACACUCGUUUACCGGCAUCUACUGGAUAUUCGACGUAGCAACUCAGACCGCCGAACCUUUGCACCCUAAAAACCCCGCGUUGCGCGUGCAGCUUGCCCAGUGGAGCCCCAAGAGCGAUGCUGUCAUCUACACAAGCACAAACAAUCUGUACGUGCGACGACUGGGUAGUGACGAUGUGGUCCAGAUAACAAAAGACGGCGGGCCGGAGUACUUCUACGGUAUUCCUGACUGGGUGUACGAGGAGGAAGUCUUCAGUGACAAUAGCGCAACCUGGUGGUCCGGGAACGGUGAUUUCGUUGCUUUCCUGAGGACGAAUGAGACUCUGGUGCCCGAAUACCCGAUCCAAUUCUUCAUCGACAGGCCGAGCGGCGAGGAGCCCCCUGUCGGAGAGCAAGGGUACCCGGAAGUGCAGCAGCUCAAAUACCCCAAGGCGGGUUCGCCGAAUCCCUUCGUCGACCUCCUUUUCUACGAUAUGGUUCGGGGCGAUGUCUUCUCCGUCGGCAUCGACGGGGGCGACUUCCCUCCUGAUGACCGUCUUAUCACCGACAUCACAUGGGCCGGGGACAAGGUCCUGGUCAAGGAGACGAAUCGUGUUAGCGAUGUCAUGCGCGUCAUCCUCAUCGACGUCGCUGCCCGGACAAGCAGGACAGUUCGGACGGUGGAUGUCGGGAAAAUCGACGGCGGCUGGUUCGAAAUCUCCCAUGAUACUACCUAUAUUCCCGCCGACCCCGCGAAUGGGAGACCCAGUGAUGGGUACAUCGAUACCAUUAUCCACGAUGAUGGCGAUCAUAUGGCCUACUUCAGCCCGUUGGAUACCGAUAAGCCUGUUAUGCUAACUUCGGGCAAAUGGGAAGUCGUCGCCGCUCCUUCGGCGGUGGACCUAGAGAAGAACCUUGCAUACUUCGUGGCCACUAAGGAGUCUUCGACCCAACGCCAUGUGUACAGUGUCAGGUUUGACGGAACAGAUAUGCAGCCGCUGACGGACACCAGCAAGGAGGGUUACUACGGAGCUUCCUUCUCCACCAAUGCUGGAUUUGCCCUCAUCUCCUAUGGAGGCCCCGGGAUACCAACGCAAAAGGUGAUCAGCACUCCGAGCAACCGCGAGACGUACGAGCAUGUCAUUGAGGAGAAUGGAGAGCUCGCAGAACGAGCGAAGAAGUAUGAGCUCCCGCUCCUCACGUACGGAACAAUCAAUAUAGAAGGCGUCGAGCUUAACUAUCUCGAGCGCCGACCGCCGCACUUUAGCCCCAGGAAGCGGUACCCCGUGCUCUUCCAGCAGUACUCGGGCCCCGGGUCGCAGUCGGUGGAUAAGCGGUUCAAGGUUGACUUCCAGUCGUAUGUUGCCGCUAGCCUAGGCUACGUUGUUGUCACGGUCGACGGUCGCGGUACCGGCUUCAUCGGACGCAAGGCGCGCGUCAUGGUGCGCAAGCAGCUGGGACAGACGGAGGCGCAGGACCAGAUCGCGGCGGCGCGGGUGUGGGCAGCCAAGCGGUACGUAGACGAGAGCCGGCUCGCGAUCUGGGGGUGGUCGUAUGGAGGAUUCCAGACGCUCAAGACCCUCGAGGCGGACGCGGGCGCAACGUUCCGGUACGGGAUGGCGGUGGCGCCAGUGACGGACUGGCGCUUCUACGACAGCGUGUACACGGAACGGUACAUGCUAACACCACAGACGAAUGCGGACGGGUACGGGGCGAGUGCGGUGACGAACGCGACGGCGCUCGGCCAGAACGUGCGCUUCCUGCUCAUGCACGGCGUCGCCGACGACAACGUCCACAUGCAGAACACGCUCGCGCUGCUCGACCGGCUCGACCUCGCCGGCGUCGAAAACUACGACCUGCACAUGUUCCCCGACAGCAACCACGGGAUCUACUUCCACAACGCGAACCAGAUCGUCUACCAUAAAUUGGAUAAUUGGCUCAUCAACGCGUUCAACGGGGAGUGGCUGAAGAUCGCCAACGCGAAGCCCGUGUCGAACAAGGUGGAGAAGGACAAGGAGAAGGUCAGGAGGUCCUCAAUCACCGCCGGCACCGUCGGCGGCCAGAGGCUACUGCCGCCAAGGAUGCCGAGGCCGUGAUAUACCACGAUGCGAAGCAUACCGCGAGGCGUCUCGGUGUUUUGGGUACUUUUUCUUUUGAGGCGCGUGGCCGAGAACAUUUACCUUAGAUCGUUUGGGUAGAUAUGCUAGAAUGUUGACUUGGAGGGCAUUUGCCUACUCUUCUUUCCCGCUUCAC